AUGACCGGUCCUUCAUACAACAAGGAUGUGACGAGAUUGCCAGGGGAUAAAAACAAGUACCAUCCUUCCAAUAUUCAGUAUGAAAAGGACCACAAGCCAGACCCAGAAGAGCAGGAUUUCUUCCACAUCUUCAUUGUCAUAGGGUAUGAUUUCAGGUGGUGCAUCCCAUACAAGACUGGCAAGAAGAAUGGGAAGAUGAACAGUGAAGUAUACUGUGCUCAGAUACUUCCUGCGCUCAAGUCUGAACUGCUAAGAAGAGGGGGAGAGUAUAUGCUAUACCAAGAUCUGGAUUCAGCUCAUAAGAGUGCUCGUUCAAAGAAGUGGUUGUAUCACAAUGGUAUUAAUUACAUUAUGGCACCCCCAAAGUCACCAGAUAUGAGUAUUUCUGAAACCUGGACAAGCCAACUACGCCGUGCUUUCUAUGAGAGAAGCUGCCCAUCUGAAGCGGCUGGUAUUGCAAGGUUUUACAAAGUGUGGGAUCAGCUGUCAGUAAAAAAGAUCAACAACACAGUAGAUGGGUAUCGCAACCGCCUUGUGAACAUUUGUAACAUUUACCAAGGCGCUGCAAGUAAAUACUGA